AUGACGAUAGAAGUGAUAGUUUUGGAGAUGUAUUUUAGUACCGGGGUCGGGUCUCCGGAUGAUUCCGACUCCCGAGAGAGAAGUGAAAUCCAACUCGACUUCAAGAAUCCCAACUCAUUAUUAUCUAAAAUCUUAAUCCCAAGACCUGUAGAAUCUCAAAACCUACAAUCAUGUAGAACUCUCUUCGAAUCACAUUUCCAAAGUUUAUCAAAAACUUUUCAAGUACCAAAACAAGCUCAACUGUUUCAUAAUUUUAAACCUCCUCCAAUCUUUCAACCCAUCCAAGUUUUAAACCUAACCACAUGGAAAUAUGAAUCACAUACUUUUCAAGACAUCACACCUUAUGGUACCAAAACAUUUACCAAUCAAAUCUUCACACACGAUCCAACAGCUCCUUUACGAUUAAUCUUAGCUGCUCAUAUCGAUAGUAAAUAUUUCCCACCGGGUGAUCCGUCAGAAGGAUUUGUGGGCGCAACCGAUAGUGCUGCACCUGUGGCUAUUAUCCUUCAGAUUGUGAAAUCUAUAAGUCCGCUUUUGGAUUUUCAACUUGAACAGUUUUUGAACUCGGCUGAUCAGAUUGGUCAGCUUAAGGAAAGAAUCACUUUACAAGUGGUUUUGUUUGAUGGUGAAGAAGCUUUUAAAGAUUGGACUCAUACUGAUUCGAUAUAUGGAGCUAGAGCAUUAGCCAAGAAAUGGGCAGAACCAAUCCGAACCCCAAACGCUUUACAAAAACAAACCAAUCAAUUAGACAACAUCCAAGCAUUUGUUUUGUUUGAUCUUUUGGGUGCUCGAUCACCUUCGAUUCAUAAUUUCUUUGAACAUCAAACUGGUUGGAUGUAUGAAGCUUGGCAAGAAGCUGAAUUGAGAUUAUCAAAGCUUGGAGUGAUUUCAUUGACUGAUAUCAAAACUGAUUCGUUCUUUAAAGAUCAAGUUGGAUCUAAUCAGGUUCGAUUCUUUGGAGGAGUAGAAGAUGAUCAUAUUCCAUUCCUAGCAGCAAAAGUUCCAAUCCUACACUUAAUCUCAGCACCAUUUCCAUCAGUAUGGCAUGAAAUCACAGAUAAUGUGAACGCCCUAGAUUAUUCGACCAUCUUAAAUUGGGUGAAGAUUGGUGAAGUGGCUUUGAUUGAGUAUUUCGGAUUACAAGAUUUUUUGGAAUCUAACUUGAUUAAACGACAUGAUGAAUUGAAUGGAGAUGUAGGAUUACAAACAUCAAAAACACAAAUGAGGAUGUCUUUGUCAUGGAUCAGGUUAAGGAAACUUGGAAUGAUUGGGAAUAAGAAACCAUUGAAAGUUUAA